AUGACCACCGCAGACGAGCAAACGAGAACAGACCGACUGAUCAAAUGGGCAGUAGCUCUGAAAUAUAGCGAAAUCCCCGACCAUGUCAUUCAACGCACCAAAGACUUCUUCCUAGACACUCUCGGCUGCGCAAUAGCAGGCCGAGAUCACCCCGCCGUCUCUGCAAUGGUGCGAUUUGCAGCGCAAAUGGGACCGUCAAGUGGAAAGAGUGAGCUAAUCGAUAGCUCCCAAAAUCUCACGACCAGCCCAGCAUUUGCCAGUCUAAUUAAUGCUGCUGCAUCUCAUGUGGUGGAGCAAGACGACCUUCACAACAGAAGUAUUAUGCAUCCAGCAACUGUCAUUUUCCCUGCUGCUUUGGCAGUGGCUCAGGAUCUGGGUGCUAGUGGAAAAGAGUUUAUUGCAGCCUGUGUUGUUGGGUAUGAAGUUGGUUGUCGCGUUGGUGAAUAUUUGGGAAAGAGUCACUAUGAGAAAUUCCACAGCACUGCCACAGGUGGAGUAAUCGGAGUCGCAGCUGCGGUAUCUCACCUACUGAAACUCGAUGCAAGCCAAACACUUUCAGCCGUAGGAACAGCCGGCACACAAGCAGCAGGGCUAUGGCAAUUCCUGAUAGACGCAACUCAUUCAAAACAAGUGCAUACCGCCAAGGCCUGUUUCGACGGCAUAUUUGCGGCCUACAGUGCCCGCGAUGGACUCUUAGGGCCGCGAGAUAUUUUAGAAGGCCCGCGCGCAAUGGGUGCAGCCCUUGUUCCAGGGGAAACCAAUCCAGAAGCAAUUGAUCGGAAUCUUGGUUUGGAUUAUGCUGUUGUUCGCUCGAGCUUCAAGUGGCAUGCCUCUUGUCGACAUACACACCCUAGCGUGGAUGCAUUGCUUCAUCUGAUGACGAAGCACGGUGUCGGUUUCGAUGAUAUUGAUUCUAUCAGGGUACCUACAUAUCAAGCUGCAAUUGAUGUACUUGGAUUGAGUGGAGAGGGUGAUACUGUCCACCAGAGCAAAUUUUCAAUGGGCUUUGUGCUUGCCAUUGCGGCAAAGAAGGGUCAAGCUAUGAUUACUGACUUUACAGAGGAGGAUUUGAAAGAUACUUCGUUGCGUGCCUUCCAGAAGAGAGUGAAAAUGGAACUCGAUGAGCGAAUAGACGCUCAGUUCCCAGAGAAGUGGCAGGGAACUGUCGUUGUUACUUGCAAGUCUGGCAACAGUUUUACGGAAUCGGUCGAGUUUGCAAAGGGGGAUCCAGAGUUUUCUUUGACAAGAUCCGAAAUCGAAGUAAAGACCCAUGCACUGGCCAGAUAUGGUGGUAUCACCGAUGCGAGCAAGGUCGACUCAUUGAUCAAGAGAGCAUGGAAUCUGGAGUAUGAGACGGACGUCCGAGGUUUCUUUUUCUGA